UUAACCCCGGUCCAGUUACUUGUCAAAUCAGGAAAACAUGGAAUUACUCAGAGUUUUUACAAGUUUGGCUGCAGUAAGCCUAGUUGUCGGGUUUUCAGAGCCAGGGCUUUGGAAGAAUACUAAAUUUUCCCAGGAUACAAACUAUUUAGUUUUCCGGAAAAGUAUGUACAAGACCACAGAUGUCUAUGUUACAAUUUCCUGUCCUGAAAAUAAAGACGUGCACUUCACCAUUAAAUGGAUUUUACGCUUCUCGCCAUGUGCUGAGGAGUAUGUGAUGUUUGAUGAGAAGUCUCAGUUUGACCACCUUGCCAAGAUUUAUCUGGAUGAUCCCCAGAGGCAGUAUAUGAAGUUUGACUACCCAGAAGUCGAGUUUAUAGCAGACACAACACAUGCUAAUUGUUCGAAAGAUGGAGUCCAUAAAGUGUACCUGGUGGAUGGAAUACCACCAAAGAUGAAGAAACUGAACAUGACAAAUGUUCAAUUGGUGACAGCAGACAAAGAAGGUAAAAAGGACAACACAGAAACAGACACAGAUGAAAAUGGAGGAGACGACAACGAAGUUCCACCUCCUGAGGACGCUGAUGAGACUGGCGACGAGACUAAUGAGGGUGCAGGAACUUCAGCAUCCCAACAACCAGCCAAACCUGGUAGCGCUCAGAGAAAAAAGAGGGCAGAUCCUGCUGCUGGUCAAAAGACAGACACUAAAUCCACAUCUACACCAGCCAAAACUAUCUCGACCACCACACCAGCACCUGCUGUAACAGCUAAAACAGAGCAGCAUUCAGCGAUAGUUGGCCGCACAUGGAGAAGCGGCUACUAUGUUCUCAUUCUGGAGUUGAAGAAUCUGGAAUCUGACAGCGAAAAGCCAACAGUUACCGUGGAAAUGAAGGGAAAAACAGGAUACAUAUCAGCGGUAGAUUGGCCCCUGUUGAUUUUUUACGGAGUGAUGGGACUGGUUUACAUCAUCUAUGGACUGGUGUGGAUCGUCCUGCUGGCAUGUAACUGGCGGGACCUCAUGAGACUGCAGUACUGGAUUGGGGCUGUCAUCUUCUUGGGAAUGCUGGAGAAAGCCGUCUUUUACACAGAUUUCCAGAGUAUUGCCAACACAGGAAAUCCCGUGUCAAAGAGCACGAUAGUGGUUGCUGAGGUUGUCUCGUGUUUAAAACGUGCCUUAGCCAGAAUGCUUAUCAUCAUCGUUAGCGUGGGAUUUGGGACUGUCAAACCGAGACUUGGACCCACCUUCCAUAAGGUUCUGUUUGUGGGCGGCCUUUACUUCAUUCUGGGCUCCAUCGAAGGCUGCAUGCGGGCACUAAAGGCGAAGGCAGACCAGUCAAAUGAUCAGAUGCUAGCGGCCGUGCCCCUUGCUGUACUAGAUGCGUCGAUUUGCUGGUGGAUAUUCUCUAGCUUAAUCCAGACCACACGACAGCUUAGAUUGAGAAGAAAUAUCGUCAAGCUCAACUUGUACAGGCAUUUUUUCAACACGCUCUUGUUUACAGUAUUAGCUGCCAUAGUUUUCAUGUUGUGGUCCAUAUUCCAAAUUAGAAUGAAAUCCUGCAUUAAAUUCAACGAGUUGUGGGUUGAUGAAGCCUUCUGGCACCUGCUAUUUUCUGUAAUACUCGGCAUCAUCAUGUUUCUGUGGAGGCCAUCGUCAAACAACCAGAGGUAUGCCUUUUCUCCGCUGAUUGACGCCUCUGACGAUGAAGACGAGGAGGAAACUAACUUCAACAGUGACGCCUUUGAUGUGAAAACAAGAAAAAAGCAGGCAAAUGGCUCACCAAAAACAAAACAGACCACCAUAGAGGACGAUUUGAAGUGGGUAGAGGAAAACAUUCCAUCAACAAUUUCCGACAAGGCCCACACCUUGAUAGAUGACUCAGACGAGGAAGUUGACAAAUAUGAAGUUUCCAAAAUGCAAUAACCUAUUGAUGUGGAAUCUGUAUUGACAUCAAAUAUUUGUCCUAAGAGUGUUUUUAUCUGUGAUUUAUACAUGCGUAUGUCCAUAAACACAUUAUGUAUGCCCAUAUACAUACGUUAUGCUGUGUAAACAUGUAUGCCUGUAUCCAAAUACGUGCCUGUGGACAUGUGUACCUGUUUACAUAUGUAUGCCAACGCCCAUACAUAAGCCUGUCUACAUUACAUAUCCUAUGUGCAGACAUAUAAGGCUGUGUACAUAUUGAUGACCUCACUUCCAUAUUUAAGAGCUACAAAAUGCCAUGUUUUCAGAAGAAAAUUUAUUAGUAUUUAAUCUUGGGUUUUUGAUCAGAUGCAUUUUUUUUUACAAAAUGUUUAAAUUACAAUUUUUGUAGUAACAAUUUCUGAAUGUUCGGCAAUAACACCAUUUUCUCAUUGGACUAUUUACUCUGCAUUUUGCAGUAAGAUGUUGCUUGCCUUUUUGAUUUUAUUGAUGUAAAUAUUCUGAAACAGAAAAAAUGCAGCUUUGGCAUUUUGAAUUGAGGUCAUUGAUUUGAAAAUGAUUGUGUGUAUACAUAUGUCUGUGUAUAUGUCUGUACAGAUAUACAUCGGUGAAAAUUGGUAUGACUGUGUACACAUGUAUGUCCGUGCAUACAAAUCUCCAUUUCAUGAAAAUUAUUGCUGGAUUCUGUUACAUAGAGAGACAGUGACUUGUGCUCAUUAUAAAGGAAAUUGUGUGUAAUUAUUCUGGACAUUAAUGACAAUUCGCUUUGUCUUCAGUUUUUGUUGCUUUCAAGGUUGUGUAACAAGGCUUUGUAAAUCACUGAAGGCUUAUCUAUUUGUGUUUUAUCUGUUCCUAAUCCAAUUCUUGUAAUCUGACAAAAAAACAACCUCUACUCUGUUAUAGAACAAAGAAGUUAAAAAUGUGUUGGCUUUCAAUUUUGUUAACUUACUGAGGUAUUACCUUUUACUUAUGUUUGAGGUAUUUCAUUGAUUGCAUGAUUUGCAUCUCUUGUUUGAUUGUUUUAAAAGAUGGGCUGAUAUGUAUACAUGUAUAAAUGGGACCUUUGCAAGUUGAAGGGGCUGAUAUGUAUACAUGUAUAAAUGGGGCUUUGCAAGAUGAGGGGGCUGAUAUGUAUACAUGUAUAAAUGGGGCUUUGCAAGUUGAAGGGGCUGAUAUGUAUACAUGUAUAAAUGGGACUUUGCAAGUUGAAGGGGCUGAUAUGUAUACAUGUAUAAAUUGGGCUUUGCAAGUUGAAGGGGCUGAUAUGUAUACAUGUAUAAAUGGGGCUUUGCAAGUUGAAGGGGCUGAUAUGUAUACAUGUAUAAAUGGGAUCUUUGCAAGUUGAAGGGGCUGAUAUGUAAACAUGUAUAAAUGGGACUUUGCAAGUUGAAGGGGCUGAUAUGCAUACAUGUAUAAAUGGGGCUUUGCAAGUUAAGGGGGCUGAUAUGUAUACAUGUAUAAAUGGGAUCUUUGCAAGUUGAGGGGGCUGAUAUGUAUACAUGAAUAAAUGGGACCUUUGCAUAUUGAGGGGGCUGAUAUGUAUAUAGAUAGGACCUUCCCAAGUUGAGUGGGCAUGGGCUGAUAUGUAUACAUGAAUAAAUGGGACCUUUGCAUAUUGAGGGGGCUGAUAUGUAUAUAAAAUCCGACCUUGUUGAGAUAAUUGUAAUUCAUUAAUUUCAUAAAAGCUGUUAGUGAUUGUUUUCUUUUAUUCAUUAUUUCAUAGCCCCUUGUGAUUUUUUUAUGUACCAUUAUCUUAUUUAAAGAUGUUUGCUUUUCUGUUUAAUACUUGAAACUACUGUUCGAUGUCACCAUCAUUUUUUGUUUUUGUUUAUUGUAUGUAAUUUUUGCAACAAAAAAUAAAUGCUUUGUUAGAUAUUUAUAUGUAUAUUGUCAUUAUGUAUAUAUCUCACGGGAAUUUAAUUUCAUUAUGUAGUUAUUUAAGCUUUAAAAUUGUGGUAUUUGAAAAAAUAAUCAUUACCAUGUUUAAAAAUUUGCUCGUGGAAACAUGUUGUUAUUCAAAUGAUAUUUUGUUUACUUCCUAACUUGUUGAGAGCGUUAUAUUUUUUUUUGGCCAACGAAUUAUCUCCUAUUUUCGAAUGGUUAACAUAGAAUGGGCGUUACCAUGGGGAUUAACUACAACACGAUUCAUUUACACACACGCUAUUUAUUGAACAUUUUCUUCGACACAAGGUACAAAACGUCACUUGCAACCCGGAUGAUUAAAUCGAAAUACCGCAGGUUGUGGUUCCGUAACUGUUACCCAGCACUGAAAUAACCUCAUGUCAAACAUGAAGAUAAACAGCAUGGCAUUGAAAGUAAGAUCAUAAUCCUCACAUGUUUAAUGAAUAGUUUGGCUCAUACUCGUAGUUUUGUAAACGUAGUUUAUGCUAUUUUUUUCUCUUUCACUCGCGUAUUAUGUUAUUAAAGUUAUGUUAUUUAUUCACUUUUAUUUGUUUUUGCUUGAACCAGAUAUGGUACUAUUCACUGCCUAAUUAAAUAGAAUAAUCACACAAUGAAUAUACUAUUUAUCUGGGGGGAUGUUAAGUUGUUCCUGGAAGGAUUUAAACAAGACUAUGUUGUUUUACUUUUAACCGUGAAGGGAAAAAAGACUUAACAGUAAGAAUAACUGAAUUCUAUUAUCGUUGAACCAGUUUUUGUCGCUAGUGUUCAUGAGAAUUGUGCUUCAUGGAUUUGAAGGUGAACUUUGCAUAUGCUGGUUAUAUGAGUGUAAAUUUACUAUGUAUGCAUAAUCAUACCUUUAUACUACAUUUGGUUUCAUGUUCAUGAUAAAAAAAAUGGAAAUAAAUGCAAUAAAAAAUA